AUGGGGAUGGAAGGCACGCCCCGUUCCAUCACUCAUUACAUCCCACAGAGCCGACAGCGCAGCACGGACGAUGCCCGCAGGCAUAUAUGGAAGCUACCUACCCACAACAUGUCUGGCCAACUAGCCAUGCCGGCGCCAAUCUCGCCCGGCCGGAGCAGUCUGCAGAUCAUCCACCCCAAAGAUUUGUACGCCAGCUUGACCGAAAACAUCUCAUCAAAGCCGCCGUCGUUCCUCGCGUUGAGGGAGCACGACUUUAUUGUCCCGGCGCCUCCCCCACCAAGCCCCAUUAGCUUCCGAGUGCACCCUGACCAACGACCAAAGCCUCCGCGUUCAUGAGAAUUACGCCUUCAGACUGAAAUAGAAACGGAAGGCUUAGCAACAACAAAAACGAAGGCAUAAUGGGCGACCAAUAAAGUCGAACUUUGCAAGGGAUUUCACCAUGUGAGGGAGGCGAGGUCACGGCAAGGGAUGUAAAAUAAGGAAACACAGGACUAGAUCGGCUCCCCAAAAAAAGACUCCGGGAGCGUUGCGUUUUUUUUUUCUUUUCUUUUUUUUUUCUCUUUCUAUUUUAAUCAAUCUUUCUUUGUCGUUUCGUUUCUGCCCCAUUCAGGGCCAAAAGAG